AUGAAGUCCACCGAGAGCGCCGUUGGAUCUGUAGCCCUUGUCCCCAUGCAUCAGCUAGCGGAAGCGAGAUGUUUUGAAGAUGAUUGGACAGGAUUGAAAAAUCAGAAGGAGAGGCGUAAGAGACAGACUCGUCUUGCAUUAAGAUCCCUUCGCAAGCGUCAAGCAGCUCAAAAGCAGGCCAAAAUCCACGAGUGUCCCAUGAAUCAAGUCCCGGCAACAUAUGCACCGGAACUCGAUUCACGAAUCGAUUCAGAACAGGGAUUCCUGAUUGCUCCUUCGUCGGGUGCAUAUAUUCCUCCCUUCCGUGAUCAAAGCGGGUAUAUAACUUCCCAGCGAUUACUUGAUUCAAUGUCUCGAGAUCACUUGAUGCCACUUGUUGAGUAUAAUCUCUUCCGCGCCAUCUCGACAAACCUCCAAAUACUGGGAAUAAAGCUCGUCGGCCCGCCUUGUAGCUUUGGGGGAAAUGUCCCUCUUUUUCCUAGACGAUUCAACGAGGCAAACAUUCCUAAGUCUUUGAGAGCAACUCCUCUCCAGCAGUCCACCCACUACGCAGAAUGGAUUGAUAUUCUUCCGUCACCAAAGAUGCGUGAUAAUGCAAUUCAAACGCAGCAUAUGUACACUCCACAUGAGUUGUGUGCUGACCUUCUUGGCGGCUUGAUGGGACGAUCGAACGAGGUUGACGCCGGUCUAAUAGUUUGGUCGGAUCCAUGGGAUCCGCGUAAUUGGGAGGUCUCUGAGGGGUUUCAUAGGAAGUGGAGUUUUCUGCUUGAGGGAUGCGAUGACCUUCUAAGAUCUACUAAUCGAUGGAGAGAAAUUCGCGGCGAGAGGCCUUUAUUCGUAGCAUAA